AUGAAUUAUGUGAAUAUUGAAUUAUUAAAACUUUUUGGUACAUUUUUCGGUAGAUUAAUCCUAUCGUUGGUCCGUGCCGAUUACGCUGUGGGUGGAAUAAAUCCUCCUCACACACAGCCAAGAGCCACCGAAGUUCUUGUUUUGCUGGAAGGCCAGCUUCUUGUGGGUUUCAUUGACACCGCCAACAAGUUUUUCAGCAAAACGUUGGAGAAGGGAGAUGUGUUUGUGUUUCCGAAGGCACUUGUGCAUUUCCAGCAGAAUGUGGGGCAUGAAAAUGCGGUGGCCAUAGCUGCAUUGAGCAGCCAGCUUCCGGGAGCUCAGACAAUCGCCAACUCUCUGUUUGCAGCGGAUCCUCCUCUCCCAGAUUCCGUAUUGGCCAAGGCCUUCCGCAUCACCCAAGAGCUUGCCGAUUACAUUCAGAAGAAAUUCGCCUAG